CCUCCGCCACACACGCGCCCGGGCGACGGCGGCGGCGGCGGCGAGAGCUGGUCGCAAAGGCGGCGGCGGCGGCGGCGGCGCAGGGAGGCCAGCAGAGCUCGCUUUUGCGCCUGAUCUGCAGCCGCGGGGGGCGUCCGCCCAAGACAGCUGCGGGGCUCCGCAACCCACUAUCCGCCAGCCCGGAGGAACUACAAAUCCGGAGCCGCUCUGCUUGGGGGAUCUCCGGCGGCGGCGGCCUCCUGCAGCGGAGCGAGAGGAAGAGGACGAGGAGGCGGAGAGGCGGGCGGCUGGGGAGGGGGUCCGCCAGUUCCGCCCGCCCGCCCGCGCGUGCGAUCCAGCCAGCCAGCCAGCCGGCGCCCGGGCAGCAGCGGCUCUCCCCUCCCCAAGGCGGGCGGACGGGCGAGGGAGGGAGGGAGGCGGCGCUCCGCCGCAGCCGAGCAGCAGCAGCAGCAGCAGAAGCAGCGAGUCCAUCUCUGCCUGCAGCAGCGGCGGCGGCGCUGAAGCAGCUCCGGCUCUCCCGGCUCCCGGCUCGCGCCUCGGAGUCAGCCAGCCAGACUCGUUUGGCUUUUUCCUGCCUUCUCCAAUUCCCGACUCGGCUGCUGGGGUCUCCCCGCGAGGAAGGCGCGGGAGGGGGAGCGCCUCGGCGGAGCUUAAGCCGUCCUCGCUUCGCCCGCCGGGGGAGCGCAGCGGAGGGAGCUCCAUGGGCGGCUGUCGGGGCGCAACAGGUGCGGCGGCGGCGGCGGCGGCGGCUUGAGCGGGGCGCGGGGAGCCCGGCGCGGUCGGCGGGGAUGCCCCGGCGGGCUUGGCUGCUGCCGGUGCUGCUGGCGGGCUGGGCCGCGGCGCUGAAGAACCUGAACUACACGGUGCCCGAGGAGCAGGGCGCCGGCACGGUGAUCGGCAACAUCGGGCGCGAUGCGCGCUUGCAGCCGGGCGCGGGGGCGUCGUCGUCGGGGGGGACCGACCUGCAGCGCGGUCGCCCGGCGGCCACCUUCCGCGUGCUGGAGAACUCCGCGCCGCACCUGCUGGACGUGGACGCCGAGAGCGGCCUGCUGUACACCAAGCAGCGCCUGGACCGCGAGGCGCUGUGCCGCUGGAGCGCCCGCUGCCUGCUCUCGCUCGAGGUCUUCGCCAACGACCAGGAGAUCUGUAUGAUCAAGGUGGAGGUGCAGGACCUCAACGACAACGCGCCCGCCUUCCCCGCCGACCAGGUCGAGCUGGACAUCGCCGAGAACGCCGCGCCGGGCACCCGCUUCCCGCUGGCCGGCGCGCACGACCCGGACGCCGGGCCCAACGGCCUGCGCACCUACCUACUCAGCCGCGACGACGCCGGCCUCUUCGGCCUGGACGUGAAGGCCCGCGGCGACGGCUCCAAGUUCCCCGAGCUGGUGGUCCGCAAGCCGCUGGACCGCGAGGAGCAGAGCCACCACGCCCUGCUGCUGACCGCCCUGGACGGCGGCGAGCCGGCGCGCUCGGGCACGGUGCGCCUCGACGUGCGCCUGGUCGACUCCAACGACAACAGCCCGGUCUUCGAGGCGCCCUCCUACGUGGUGGAGCUGCCCGAGAACGCGCCGCCGGGCACGGCCGUCAUCGACCUCAACGCCACCGACGCCGACGAGGGCACCAACGGCCAGGUGCUGUACGCCUUCAGCGGCUACGCUCCCGAGCGCGUCCGGCAGCUCUUCAGCCUCGACCCGCAGACGGGCCUGAUCCGCGUCAAGGGCGACCUGGACUACGAGGAGGGCGCCCUGCUGGAGAUCGACGUGCAGGCCCGCGACCUGGGGCCCAACCCGGUGCCGGCCCACUGCAAGGUCACCGUGCGCCUGGUGGACCGCAACGACAACGCCCCCGCCAUCGGGUUCGUCUCCGUCCGCCAGGGGGCGCUCAGCGAGGCCGCCCCGCCGGGCACCGUGGUGGCCCUGGUGCGGGUCACCGACCGCGACUCCGGCCGGAACGGGCAGCUGCAGUGCCGCGUGCAGGGAGAGGGCAGCGGCGGCGACGGAGCCGCCCCCUUCGCCCUGGAGGAGAACUACGACAAUCUGUACACGGUGGUGACUGAUCGCCCCCUGGACAGGGAGGUCCAGGACGAGUACAACGUCACCAUCGUGGCCAGGGACGGCGGCACCCCCCCACUCAACUCCACCAAGUCGUUCACGGUGCGGAUCCUGGAUGAGAACGACAACCCGCCCCGCUUCAACAAGAACCUCUACGUCCUGCAGGUGCCCGAGAACAACAUCCCCGGUGAGUACCUGGGCUCAGUGCUGGCCAAGGAUCCGGACCUGGGCCAGAAUGGCACGGUCUCCUAUUUCCUUCUCCCCGGCCACGUGGGGGACGUCUCCAUCUUCACCUAUGUCUCCGUCAACCCCUCCAAUGGCGCCGUCUACGCUCUGCGCAGCUUCAACUAUGAGCAGACAAAGCACUUUGAGUUCCACGUGCUGGCCAAAGACUCGGGUUCCCCGCACCGGGAAAGCAACGCCACCGUCCGGGUCACCGUCCUGGAUGUCAACGACAACGCCCCCGUCAUUGUCUUGCCCACCCUGAUCAACGACACGGCCGAGCUCCAGGUGCCUCGCAAUGCCGGCGUGGGGUACCCCGUGGGCACCGUCCGUGCCUUGGACAGUGACUUUGGGGAAAGCGGGCACCUCACCUAUGAGAUUGUGGAAGGCAACGACGAGCACCUCUUUGAGAUGGACCCUGAAAGUGGGGAGAUCCGCACCCUGCACCCUUAUUGGGAAGAGCUGAGCCCCGUGGCCGAGCUCGUGGUCAAGGUCAGUGACCACGGAAAGCCGAGCCUGUCUGCCGUGGCGAAGCUGAUUGUCCGGGCCUUGGCUGGGCCUCUUCCAGAAGCUGGGGAGCCUCAGGUGAAUGGGGAGCAGCAAAGGAGACCCCACUGGGACAUGUCUCUUCCCUUGAUCGUCACCCUCAGCACCGUGUCCAUCAUCCUUUUGGCCGCCAUGAUCACCAUCGCCGUCAAGUGCAAACGCGAGAACAAGGAGAUUCGCACCUACAACUGCCGCAUCGCUGAGUACAGCCACCCCCAGCUGGGGGGAGGGGGAGGGGGCGGAGGCGGGGGCGGGGGCAGCGGAGGGGGCAAGGGCAAGAAGAAGAAGAUCAGCAAGAACGACAUCAUGCUGGUGCCCAGCGAAGGGGAGGACAGCCGGGGGCCCCUCAAUGUCAUGAAUGUGGUCAGCAGCCCCUCCUUGGCGACCUCGCCCAUGUACUUUGACUACCAGACCCGCCUGCCCCUGAGCUCGCCCCGGUCGGAGGUCAUGUACCUGAAGCCCGCCUCCAACAACUUGACUGUGCCACAGGGCCACGUGGGGUGCCACACCAGCUUCACGGGGCAAGGGACUAACGUCACAGAGGCUCCCUCCAACAGGAUGUCCAUAAUUCAGACAGACAAUUUUCCCGCAGAGCCCAAUUACAUGGGCAGCAGGCAGCAGUUUGUUCAAAGCUCCACGUUCAAGGACCCAGAACGGGCCAGCUUGAGAGAUAGCGGGCACGGGGACAGUGACCAGGCUGACAGUGACCAAGAUACUAACAAAGGCUCCUGCUGUGAUAUGUCCGUGAGGGAGGCUCUCAAGAUGAAAACGACUUCGACUAAAAGCCAGCCACUUGAACAAGCAUUCCCGACUUUGCUUUCCUUUGCUAUCCUCACCCUACACACCAUCACAGCUAGACUUCAGUCUGUUGAUCUUCUGCCAGAACAGCAAGGGAGAGGCCAAAGAGCCAUUGUUGGGAUCUGUGGACCGGCCCGCUGUAAAGAAGGAAAAUUUUCAGAACAAGAGGAGUGCGUUAACUGCACCGACGAAUGCCGGGUGCUUGGUCAUUCCGACCGGUGUUGGAUGCCCCAGUUCCCUACUGCCAACCAGACCGAAAAUGCGGAUUAUCGAACAAAUCUCUUUGUCCCUACAGUGGAAGCGAACGUGGAGACUGAGACUUAUGAAACUGUGAACCCCACGGGGAAAAAGACUUUUUGUACAUUUGGGAAAGACAAGCGAGAGCACACAAUUCUCAUUGCCAAUGUGAAACCUUAUCUCAAAGCCAAACGUGCCCUGAGCCCUCUCCUCCAAGAGGUGCCCUCAGCCUCAAGCAGCCCAACCAAGACCUGUAUGGAGCCUUGUGCCUCAACAAAAGGGCCGCUGGAUAGUUGUGAAGUCAAAACGGGAGGCCUGGCUGACCCAAACAGCCAGUACUUGACCUCCACUGACAGUCAGUACCUAUCUCCUAGCAAACAACCCAGAGACGCAGCCUUCCUCGCGUCCGAUCAGAUGGCGAGGGUCUUUGCCGAGGUGCAUUCACGAGUCAGCCGAGACUCCGCCGACAUGGACUCUGUCUUGGAGCAGAUAGACCGUUCCAAUAGGGAACUAGGGAGAGAGUCAGUGGACGCGGAGGAAGUAGUGCGGGAGAUCGACAAGCUGUUACAGGACUGUCGGGGAAAUGACCCUGUAGCUGUGAGAAAGUGAAAAAACAAAAACAACAAAAAGACAGCCUGGCAUUUAUUUGCUUCUUCUGCUGAUUUAAAAACAAAACUAAAAUCUCCCCCUGGUUCUAAAAUUUAUACAGGGAUGAACGAAGACCAAUGCUGCUUUUACGGCUUUUAGUGAACAUCUGAAGUGCCCACACAGUAUGUUCUUUUUCACUGCUCUUUCUUUUUCACAGAUAACACUGGUUUCGUUUUGACCAAACUCUCAUUAGGACAGUGUGACAUAUGUAAAGAAAAUGGAAGAAAGGAAGGAAGGAGGGAAAGAAAGAAUGAAAGAAAGGAAAGAAAGAAAGAAAGAAAGAAAGAAAGAAAGAAAAAAAUUGGUGCCACUUUGACAAUCUAAUAGAAAGGUAUAAGGAUUUUUAAAAAGAUAAAUGGAACCUGAUGUUUAAGACUUGAUAGUUGACGUCAAUGUGAUUGUUUUCCUGUAGACCCCAUAAAAGUCAGGGCGGGAUAGGAUUUCCAGGAGUCCGUUAUGGGCUUCUACUGAAAAUCCUGAAACCGGAAACUGAUUAAACCAAGAAACAAACAUUCUCGUCAUAGACCGAGCUACACCGAGCAUUAACACACAUUUGUGACAACCAUUUCUGUACAAAAGUUAUCUGACACACAGACACACAGACACAGAACAACCCCUGUGAAUCCAUUCCAUCGCAUCGUUCCGCGAAAAUAUCCUGGUCAUUAGUAACACGACUCAUGAUUCAUACUAAAAUUCAGUGUAAAAUGGUAGAGUCCCAUGAUUGUCCAACACACACAUAAGCUAACUCAUGUGGUAAGAGGAGGGGGGGAAAGGGGCUUUUAGUGUCCGGCAAAACUCUAGGUUAGCAGUCCAUUUUGAACCUGAGGCGUAUUACAGGAUCACAAAUGAGAAUUACCCGUUUGACAGGGGAUAAUAGAGAAGAAGAAUUAACAUUAUUAACACCUUUUGUAGUUCAUUUGUGGACACUACGAUAGCUCAAGUGAGUGCAACCAUUUCAGCCAUCCGCGUCAAUCCACACCAACCAUUUAAAUGUUGAAAUGUGAGAAGAUUCAAUGUGUUUACAUCCAAUGACAUUUUUUAUUGAUUUAUUGCAGAUUCCGUGCAUUUGAGCCAAAUUGUUGAGUGUAUAAGAGCUAUAUUGUGUAUUUUAUUAAAUUAAUAUAUAGUUGUGUUGCAAAAACAAAAAAAAUGUGGGCUUAUAAUGUAAAUGGCAAGUGUUGCCUCAGUAGCUGUCAAACUCUAUGAGUUUUGUUCUCUUUUUCUCUCUCUCUCUCUUUGUUUUCCUUUUUUUCCCCCCCUGCGGGAGUGUGGGAAUCGGAGCCUCGGAGCAAAGUCUCUUGUUUAAUGUAUGGUCUACCAAGUACCGCAGUACAUAAUCUGUUCAAAUGUGUCUUGAGUUGAUGGCGCAAACCCGAACGGCCGAGAAAUGCAUCCAUCAGUCAUGGUUGUGUGCAAGUCCUUGUAGAAGCUUCUGUUGCAAUCCAUGUUUAAUAACAAAAAUUACACUUGAACCAA